UCGGUCUUUCCCGCCAUGUCGUUUGUGGAGAGCGGUAGGCGCUUGGCCCCGCGUCGCCGCGGCUUGGGCACCCCGGUCCCUUUGCCUCGGCCGGUAUAUUCCUCCUUUAGUCAGGGAGACAGUUGGGGUGAAGGCGAAGUCGACGAGGAAGAGGGAUGCGACCAAGUGGCCCGCGAUCUGCGGGCGGAAUUCUCGGUUGGGGCGUCGUCGGAGCCCAGAAGGGGCUCGCUUUUCUCUCAGGAAGGGGAUGAGUCGCCGGUCCUGCUUGAUAAGCGUAAUGGUAUCUUCCCGGCGGCUGCGGGCAGCCGAGCUCAGGCUCGCCGGUGGCCGGUUCAGGUCCUCUCUGUUUUCUGUUCUCUGCUGUUCGCCAUCCUCCUCGCCAUCCUCCUCGCGAUCACCUACAUGAUCGUUAAAGAGUUGCAUGCUGAGAAUUUGAAAAAUGAAGAUGUAGACACUGGGCUAUUCGGAUUCUGGACUCUGCUUAUAGUAUCCCUAAUUGCCGGAUUCUCCUGUUGCAGCUUUUCUUGGACAGUGACUUAUUUUGAUUCUUUUGAACCAGGAAUGUUUCCUCCUACUCCUCUUUCACCUGCCAGGUUCAAGAAACUAACUGGACAUUCUUUCCACAUGGGCUAUAGCAUGGCAAUUUUGAAUGGCAUUGUAGCAGCUCUUACUGUAGCAUGGUGCCUCAUGUGAACCCACACACUGGAGCAAUAUUGUUGGAAAAACUUAGUCAUGAUUGUUUUGUAAUAACAGGAAAGGAGAUCACUGCCUACUCAGAAGACCAAGAAAACUGCCAUUCAUUAUGUGGCUCAGAUAUGUGUCAUAAUUAUCAUCAUUAUGGAGGACCUUUAAAAGCAACUUUCUAGAGUCUAGACAUUGGAAAUAUCUGAGUAUUACAUUUCCAGUUCUUAAAAGUAUAAGAUGUUUACCUCAUCUUUUUACUUUUGUGUGUGUAGUUCUUAUAAGUGAUAGAAAACAUUUUAAUGGAAAACAAACUCAAAAACUUGAAUGCAGGACAAUGCCCACCUUUCUGUGUAUAUACUACAUUUUUGCUAGGAAAUAUUGAUAUUACUGUUUAGGUGAGAUAGAAGUAUUUCUUAUUUAUACAUUAGGAAAGCAAACAAUGCCUACUCAACAUUUUAUAGAAGCUACUUUUAAA